UUCAGCACGUGGGAGUUUGGGAUCACGACUGAUCAGCAGAAAUGUGAUCAUUCUUCAAUUUAAUUAACAUUAAUAAUCUACCAAUUGUAAAUCACGAUUCGUAAUUGCCAUUAAAAUAACAGCACAAGUUUAAUAAUUGAAAGGAAUUAUACAUAUAUAUAUAUAUAUCGGUCAUGUCUGGAUUUAGUAGCAUUUUGAAAAUCACUGAUUUGGACGACUUUAUUAACCCAUCUCAAGAAUGUAUCAUACCCACAGAAAAACCAAAUAUUGCGAAAGCUGAGAAUACUUCAUCCAAAAUCAAGAUUGAAGUUGAGGACGAUGGAGGAGCGUCUACAGAUGUUAAAACUGGAAAGAAGCAACCGACGAAGGUGGAGGUCACACUAUCCGACUGUCUUGCAUGCAGUGGUUGCAUUACGUCAGCUGAAAGUGUUUUAAUAUCACAACAAAGCCCCGAUGAGUUAUUCAGAGUUUUAGAGUUGAAUAAAACGACAAAGGAAUCUCUAGCCGUCGUCAGUCUGGGGGUUCAAGCUGUGUUAUCCUUAGCAAACAAGUAUGGAAUGCCUGCUCAAGAAACGGCAGAAAAAUUGGCUGGAUUAUUCAAGGACCUCGGCGCCGAUCACACCGUCGUUGUUACAGUGGCUGAAGACAUUUCUCUUCUUGAGAGUGCAAAUGAAUUCAUACAUAAUUACCAAACUAGAAAUGUUCCAAUUUUUAGCGGGGUAUGUCCAGGUUGGGUUUGCUACGGCGAAAAGUUACAUCAACAUGCACUUCCUAAAAUCAGUAAAGUUAAAUCUGCACAGCAAAUAAUGGGAUCUUUGAUUAAGUUGGUAUACGGAGCUAAGGCGAAGUUUACACCAGAUCAAAUUUAUCAUGUAACUUUAAUGUCGUGCUUUGACCGCAAACUUGAAGCAUCACGACAUGAUUUCUUUAUUGACGAAUAUAAAACAAAAGAAGUAGACGUGGUCAUCACAGCUUUGGAAGUGGAACAAAUGUUGGAGAAACUCAACAAAUCUUUGCAAGACUUUGAGCAAGUGCCCUUAGUUGACUUGUUUCCAGAAGGGAUAAAAGGGGAUACUUUGAUUGGGUGCCAAUUGAUGUCACAUCCUGGUUCUGGAUCUGGGGGAUAUGCAGAGUUUGUCCUUCGAAGCGCUGCUAGCACCUUAUUUGGAAAAGUGAUUGACCAAGUAGAGUGGAAAGUUGGACGAAAUCCCGAUAUUUUCGACGCUUCUGUUGAAGGUAAUUCUGGAGAGAAUAUUAAAUGCAGCAUUGCCACUGGAUUCAGAAACAUUCAGACUUUGGUUAGGAAACUAAAAGCGAAGACUUCGAUGCCUCAUUAUGUCGAAAUUAUGGCUUGCCCAACAGGCUGUCUAAAUGGUGGGGCUCAGGUUCGGGUAAGCGGAGGUGUUGAAGAGGGAAACCAGAGCAGAGAGCUGUCCGUGAAAUUGGAAAAUGACUACCACCAACUUCCCGAAGCCAAAAAUGAUAUGCAUGCAGCGAGGUCCAUUCUAAACGAAUUAAAACAUGACAAAGAAUUAUAUGGUAGAGUUUUAUAUACCGAGUUUCAUGCUGUGGAGAAACUUAAUUUAGGAAUGAAAUGGUAAAUGGUGAAAGAACUGUGUAAACCAUACAUUCAUAUAUUUUAGAUCAAUUACUUUGAGGAUUAAAAAUAUAACAAUUUAUUGCUACCAAGAAAUAAAACAUAUGUACAUGUUCUGCUGUGAUCAAAUAGUCAAGUUACAUUCGAAAAUAAAGAAUAUUGACAACUGUUAAA